GCAAAACGAACUUCCAAGAAAACGAAGUUACAACCCCGGGAAGGUAUGAUACCACGGGCGGCGUUGAGCAAGGCUCUACGACACUUCAGCUCCUCUGCUCGUGCAUCCAUCCACAUUUCUCAUAUUGGAAAAACUCCCAUUCCAAUUCCAACUAAUGUCACCAUCACCCAGUCUCAAACUUCACUCGAAGUCAAGGGACCUCUUGGCUCAACCUCCGUCCCACUGGAAUCAUACAUGAAGCUUGCAUAUCCGCAAGAGAAUGUCCUGACAAUAGCCGUAGAGGAUGCAGAGGUGAAGAAGCAGCGGUCAAUGUGGGGUCUUACACGGACGCUCAUUAACAACGCGGUCGUCGGAAUGACAGAGGGUUUCACUGUCCCAAUACAUCUUGUGGGUGUCGGAUACAGGGCUGCGUUGGAGGACGAUCCGAGAGGAACGACAAAUGGUGGCAAUGGCCAGAGGCUCAAUAUGAAGCUGGGGCAUUCUCAUAACGUCUACGUGCCAAUUCCUGCCCAUAUCAAGGCAAAUGUGCCUUCUCCGACGAAGAUCAUACUCUUUUGCACGGACAAGCAUUUGCUUGGUCUUUUUGCUGCGAGCAUACGGAAGUGGCGUCCACCCGAACCAUAUAAAGGCAAGGGCGUUUUCAUCGGUGAUGAACAAAUUCGUAUCAAAUCCGUCAAAAAGAAGUAGUCUGCACCUUGCUUUGCCUUCUUACAGUUUCUUGACGUGCGCUUAUGCUUAUCAUUGCAUACAUGCAAUAGACAUGUUUCUAAUGAACACAUUAACAACACGUAGAUAGAAUCCUUGACGCUGGUUUGAUUC